AUGCCGACCUUCUCCAGGCUCAUCAGGUUCUCCCCCAAGUCGUCGCCCCUCAAACCGCUCAUCGGCCAGCCUGUCGACCCCACCCUGGAUGUCGGUCUCGCUACCUACAAUCGGACACCUGUCGAAGUGGACGUGUUUAGCGGGGCAUCUGUGCUGUCCCCUGGCACCAGCACGGGGAGGAGGGAGGUUGUGGACCGUAUUCUGAGCCCUCUUACGCAGCAAGAGGUGGGGACGAUCAGGUGUAUAGGUCUCAAUUAUACGAAUCACGCCAUAGAAUGCGGCUUCGCCAUCCCAGAAACACCCACCCUAUUUAUGAAACCCUCCACUGCCCUCUCAAACCCUUUCCCGGCGACGACGAUCCUCCCGAAAGCUUUCUUGAAGGACGACACGGCGGAUUAUGAGGCUGAGCUGGUGGUUGUAAUCGGACGGACGUGUAAGAACGUGGGGGAGGAGGAUGCUUUGGACUAUGUGCUUGGGUACACUGCAGCGAACGACGUUUCUUCCCGAGCAGCCCAAUUUGCCCAGUCUCAGUGGUGCUACAGCAAGUCUUUUGACACCGCCUGCCCUAUAGGUCCGGCCAUCAUCAGCAAAAAUUCGAUCAGUAGUGUGGGACAGCUGAGUAUUGAGGGGAUUCUCAAUGGGAAGAUUGUGCAGAAAAGCGGUCUCGACGAUUUGAUAUUCUCCGUGCCCAAGAUCGUCUCUUUCCUCUCCCAAGGUACCACGCUGCCCGCCGGCACCAUCAUUCUCACCGGGACGCCGGCGGGAAUCGGACAUGCCUCGCAGCCACGAGUGACUUUGAAAGAAGGCGACGAGUUUAGGGUGCAUGUAUCACAUGGGGUGGGGACUUUGAUCAACAAGAUAGAGGAAGAGAAGUAG